CACCCCGGCCGGUGACUGCGAGCCCAUAAAACCCUUUCACCGUGAUUAGACUUCAAAAGUUCAGCUUAUUCACGGGUAACGAGGCAGUUUGGUUACUACUUAAAUAGCACAUUUGCCAUUUGAAUUAAAAUGUAGUACAUCCUAACGUUUGUUUUUUAUUGCACGACUGAAUGAAUUUGAAUGCGGAUAAUUCACAUGAAGUCAGAUUCAUAUUGCCGUCUUGACCGUCGGAAUGAUUUAAAUAAUUAUUUUAAGCAUAACGAAUGAGUCUGUUUCAAAACCAAGGGAAACCAUCUUACGGCGGUACUGAAAACUGUCCUGUUAAAUUUGACAGUAUUGAACCCUGGACUACAUCGAAACAUAGGCACAUAUGAGAAAGACCACAGGCAACAAUGAUGAAGACACAAAAAUCACACUCCAGGUCUCGCUCUCGAUCGGCCUCCAGAUCCAGAUCCCAUUCUGAUUCUCGCUCCCGCUCAAGAUCAAAGAGCAGCUCCCGAUCCAGAUCCAGGAGGCGCAGAUAUGGGUCUAGGUCUCGCUCUCGGUCCAGAUCCCAUUCCCCGUUCCACAACCGGGAGCAGAACCACACACGGGAGUACCAGAACCAACGCGAAUUCCGAGACAACUACAGGGGCUUCCGGAGGCCAUAUUACUUCCGGGGCAGAGGUCAAGGCUUUUUCCGUGGCCGCUUUCAGCGCAGAGGAAGGGGUGGAUAUAACAACUACCAACCCAAAAACUGGCAGAACUUCCGCAAGCACCCUCAGCAGCAGCAACAGCAGCAGCAGCACCACACCAAAAGCCCCAAGAGGGGACGCUCUCGUUCACGCACUCCUAAGAAGCAACCAAGCAGCCCUAAGUCACGAAGUCAUUCCCGCCGCUCUGACAGAUCAUCCUCAGGGAGGUCGCCACAGUCACACCAUUCUUCCUCCUCCAACUCUUGGUCUGCCAAGCACAGUUGCAAAGAUGUAAGAGAGGACGUCUCUGCGCCAAAAGAAACUCAGAAUCGAGAAGGAGGAUAUGGGGCUUUGGAGGAGCAGGUGGGAUGCUCUUCUUUGGCUGAAGAGAAUGCAAAUGGAGGAAGGACUUUGGAGAACAGUCAGGUUCUGACAAACCAUGACACCAGUCCUAAAAAGACAAGUCCAAAGGUUUACUCCACUGUUAUUGUUGGUCAAGCAGACUCUGUGACCAAUGACACCAGUCCUACUCAUAAGAGCUCAAAUGAUCCAAAUAAAGGUGCCACCACGUGGCAGAAUGUAGCAACUGUACCUCCAACCAAGAGUCCUAUUAAGAAAAGCUCAGUCUUCAAUGGUUUGGGGUUGUCAAAUAUUGACCUACAAACAGAUGAUACCGUUGCCAUCUCUGCAGCAUUUUUGAAAUUCCUGGAGGAGCAAAAGAGUAAAAAACAGACCCCUGCGUGGGAGAAUAACACACAUAAAGAUAAAGGUUAUGGGGAAUUAGCACUUGAUAAAGAGAGUAAUGGAGGAAUCUUUGAUAAGGGGUCUGGCAUUGGGUUGUCUCACACUGUAGAUCAUGGCAACACAAAAGAGAAGGUGAAAUACAAAUUUGUGAACAAUUGUGAUGGUAACAUGCCAUCCAUAAGUGGCACUCAGAGGAGUCCACAGAAUGGCCCACCUUUUGUGCAUGAAGAUGGUGAGGAAGAUGAUGAAGAAAUGGAGAUCUCUAAUAAGAUGAGAGACAUGGAAAACAAUCCUUCCAAAAGCAAAGUCGCACUGUCCGCUCGUGAAAUGUUUGAAGAGCGAAUCAGGAGGCUGCAGGACAUGGCUUUGGAUGAUGAGCUGGAAGCUCUUCUACUCUGCCCUAAACAGGAAAGAGCAGCAAAUAUCUUAGCUGCUCUCUCCAAGAGAGAUCAGCUCAGUGCCAUGUUCAAGGACCCCUCCCUUGAAAAGCUCUUAAAGGUGAAACAAAAGGAGAAAAGCACAAUUGAUUCCUCCUCUAAACCUGUAAUGCUGUCUAAGAGGAGCUCUGAGAACCAUGAGCAAGAGAUGUUUGUGGUUAUGAGCGAGGAAUCCCCACAAAGGGCUUCAGCGAAAAGAGGAACUGAAUUCAGCGUGAGGAUGGAUCCUCUCAGCGAUGACCUGGCAAGGUCAUCUGUUUUGACUAAUGAAAGACAGAAUCUUCUGGAGUUUUUGCACCUUGAUAAAAAGGAUUGGGAGUUUCACUCUGUCCUUCAGCAUCUUCAGACUCGGCAAUCAACCAGGAGCCCAUCUGAGCUGUUUUCCCAGCACAUAGUUUCAAUUGUCCACCACAUUAAAGCUCAGUAUUUUCCUUCCUCUGGAAUGACCCUAAAUGAUCGAUUUGCCUUGUACCAGAGAAGAGCUGCUGAAAAAGAAUUCAUGAAGCAGAGAAAGAGUCCAGAGAUACACAGGAGAAUUGAUGUUUCUCCCAGUGCUUUUAAGAGGCACUCUCUUCUGUUUGAUGAGAUGAAAAGCUCCGUGGAAAACAGCUUCAAGGUUGAUGGGAAAAAAUCAAAAGGUGAUUCAAUGGACCUUCGCCUGGAUAUUGAGCGUAGAAAAAAAUACAUGAGUGGAGGGAGUGAUCACAGAGAAGAAGAGUAUGGAGGAAGAGUAUCGAGGGAAUCUACAGAGUCAUACAAGGAAAUAUCCACCGAUAAAUCCUCAAAGCACCACAAAAAAUUGACGAAAUGCAAGACGAAACGGGAGCGAUCUCAGUCAUCCUCCUCAUCUUCCUCUGUAUACUAUGAAGAAGAGUCUGAGAAUAAAGUAGAUGGCUUUCACAGAGCCCGACUGGGAUUUAGACAGUAUGGAGAGCCCAUGGAGAGAGGACGGGCACGGGGAGGCUUUCAGUUCAGAAGGCGCGGUAGAAGUUGGAAUAGAGGAAAUUUCCAUGGAAGCAGUAAUGGCAAUGAUGCACAGAUGAACAUGUCAGCGAGAAAUGAAGACUGGGACCCAGAAUACACUCCGCAGAGCAAGAAAUACUUGCACAGUGAAAGAGAUGGUGAAGGUGAGAGGAAGUUGGAGACACGAGGGCGUGGUCGUGCCAACAUUCUUCGUGCAAAGGGUCGUUUCAUCCUCCGGAGGGCCACCAAUGCCAACAACACAAAUAAUACGAGCCCCAAAUGGACUCAUGAUAAGUUCCAGGCCACUGAUGAUGAGGGUGAACAGCUAGGAGAGGAUGCAGAACAGGACCACAAAAAGCAGGACAGUGCUGGGGUCUCAGCCAGAAUGGAGAAAUGAGGAUGACCACCUGACUUUUCAGAAUACUAACAGAACAAUGAGAUUCCUUUCAUAUCGAUAGGACCUGGCUGUCUUUACAUUGUCAGCUAUUCACUUGGUGGAAUAGGGAUUGGAAUGAAUAUGAAACCUGCAUCAAUAAUGCAUCCAAAACGAUUGAAUAGAAAACAAUCAAUCCUUUUUGUGUGUGUGUGUGAAUGCUUUUUUCAUUGUAUUGCAUUUAACUCCUAUUUUCAUGAGGAUUUUACUAGAUUUUUUUCUGUGUGCAGUAAACUUAGAAUGAGGUGGUGAUUUGUGCAGACAUUUAUUCUGAUAAAACAGUUCGAUGUAGAUUUCAUUUUCCAGAUCAUUGUUUGUUUGUAUGUUUUGUUUUGUUUUUUGUCAAUGCAAAUUCGCACAUCUAAACACAAACAGACAUUGAUGUAUUGACAUUUACGUUCUAAACGAAAGUUUGAGAGUUUGGUUUAAGUUUCAUCUAAUCCCACUGCUGAGUACUGAGGGCAUAAAUGGCUGUUUUUCUUACACUUGCAACAAUUUUUCCAGCAUCCCUUCACCACCCAAACUCCACAUAUAUUUGCUAUAUUUAAUUUCUGGUGGAACUUGGACCUUGAGUCUUGUGCUUGAGACCCUGCAUUGCAAGUCAACCCUGCUUUACUUUUUAUCACAUGACUAUUAGAACAUGCAAACUUAUGAAUGUCAUGCUCUGCAAAUAUAUAGAGGCCACAUAUAGGUUUUAAGGGUUAGGUGCCUUAGAGUUGCCAUAGUGCCUUAAGAGUAGAAUACUAGUGUAGAACUGCUAUGAUUGGACAUUAUUGCUGUGUGAAUAAAAUACAACUGUUUUAAUAGAUGUAAAUAUUUACGUUUUUUGGACUUAAUUGAAACUCUGAGACCCUGUGACCCUUGCGUGUCUAUUAAUAGAAAUAAAAGAUGAAGAAUGACUUGUGUGAAUGACCCUAGCUAUGGGACCAAACUGUAAACAGUCAAGUCCCAGUGACUGUCAGAGUGUGAGGGGAGAAAAAAAAAGAGAAAAAAAGAUUUAGAUUCACUCAACCUUAAAACUGGAGAAAACUACAUUUUGCAAAGUAAAAAUUAUAUGCAUUUAGAAAUGUUUUGAUGAAAGACUGUUAGCAAGUAGUGAAGAUUUCAUGGGGUUUCAGUUUUAGACAAUGUGCAUGCUGUUUUAUAAUGAGAUUUAUGUGUAUCUUGUCUUCAACUUUAAUGCCUUUUUUUCUAAAUGAUAUGCACCUUCUUUAGAUGGAAUAAAUAAUUUGGCACCUUUUUAAUAAAAGGGUGAUUUAA